AUGUCUUCCUCCCCCGCCAUCAAGCUCCGCCGCAAGAAGAAUGUGAAGAAAGGUAUUCAGUUUUGUCUGAUGGUCUGCGGUGCCUCAGGUACUGGUCGCACAACCUUCGUCAACACACUCUGCGGUCGCCAGGUCUUGACCCCCCUCGACACCGACGACCCGACCACUGCGCAUCUCGAGGAAGGUGUCAAGAUCAAACCAGUUACCGUCGAGCUGGAACUGGAUGAGGAGGGCACAAGGGUUUCGUUGACCAUCGUGGACACACCCGGCUUCGGUGACAGCAUUGACAAUGAAGCCUCUUUCGGCGAGAUCUCCAGCUACCUUGAGCGUCAAUACGAUGACAUCUUGGCAGAGGAGAGCAGAAUCAAGCGUAACCCGCGAUUCAGGGACAACAGAGUCCACGUUCUCCUCUACUUUGUCCAGCCAACUGGUCACGGUCUCCGCGAGCUUGACAUCGAACUGAUGCGCCGUCUCAGCCCACGUGUCAACGUCAUCCCAGUCAUCGGCAAGGCCGACUCCCUCACCCCACUCGAACUCGCCGAGAGCAAAAAGCUCAUUAUGGAGGACAUCGAGCACUACCGCAUCCCAGUCUACAACUUCCCAUACGACAUCGAAGAGGACGACGAGGACACUGUCGAGGAGAACGCCGAGCUUCGUGGCCUGAUGCCGUUCGCCAUCGUUGGUUCGGAUGACAUUCUCGAGCUCGACGGUAAGCGUGUGCGCGCACGCCAAUACCCAUGGGGUGUUGUCGAGGUCGAGAACCCACGACACAGCGACUUCCUUGCAAUUCGAUCCGCCCUUCUCCACUCCCACUUGGCAGAUCUCAAGGAGAUCACCCAUGACUUCCUCUACGAAAAUUACCGCACCGAGAAGCUGUCUAAGAGCGUAGCUGGCGUCAACGACUCCACCGGAAUGGUCAACCCAGAGAACGACAGCUUGGACCCACAGUCGCUUGCUUCCCAAUCCGUCCGCCUCAAGGAGGAGCAGCUGCGCCGCGAGGAGGAGAAGCUUCGUGAGAUUGAGGUCAAGGUCCAGCGUGAGAUCAACGAGAAGAGGCAAGAGCUGUUGGCACGUGAGUCGCAACUCAAGGAGCUCGAGAGCAGAAUGGUCCGGGAACAGACACCAAGCCAGCCAGCUCUGACCGAGGAUGACGAGAGUGUCGCUGGUGCGACGCACUAA